AUGACCUCACAAGAAUCGUCGGUUGAUCUUGAGCAGGUUGUCUUUGUGAAUUCUGUAUGUGCAAAUUGUGGAGAUUCAGCGCAAUAUUUAUGUGAAGCAUGUGGGCAAACAGGUCCUCGUUAUUGUUCGCAGAAAUGCCAGAGCGAUCAUUGGGAAAAGGGGCAUGCUGCUGUAUGCGCGAGUGCGCAUUCAGACACAGAGUCUGAGGAACACGACAAUGAAAGAAAUUCUCGAGCAAGUAAAAGAACAAGUAGUAAAGUUUACAGUAGAGGAAAUGUUGCUCAACUCAUUAACCUUAAAAAACGACGGUCGAACCAAGACGCACUUACGUCUCCUACUUCUGCAACACUACCUAAUUCCAACGACCAAUCUCCGGCAAUUGAUCCUGUUCAAGCUGAUGAAUUCAAGUUCUAUAUGCAACAAGUCUACAGAAUUAUCAAACCUGUAGUUCUAUGUAUUGUACUAUCUGUCCUCUGGGUGAAGUUAUCCCAAGCACCAUCCUAUUUUGAAAUUGGAAGUGGUAGCUCUAGCGGCAGUUCAAGUUCAAGUGAUUCUUCGUCAUCAAUUACCUCUUCUAUUUAUACGGCAGGGCUCCUUAUUGGACAAAUUAUUGUGGCCACAGUUGUCAUUAUCCUUGUAGGGUUCUUUAUGUUUGUGGUGCUUUUCCCUCUCGGAUUUAUGUCAUAUCUUCUUGUAUCGAAUAUUAUAUCAAUUUUUUCAAUACCGUUAGAUUAUAUUUCCCUCAUAUUUGCCCUAUGGAAUUUCACUGCAGUGGGUCUUGUGUCUGUUUUUUGGAAAGGCCCUCUGCUGUUACAACAAGCAUAUCUGACAAUUAUGUCGAGUUUAAUGGCAUUCUCUCUGACUGGAUUAUCAUCAUGGACUACGUGGAUUUUGUUAGGCCUGUUGGCUAUUUGGGAUUUAAUUGCUGUACUAUGUCCAUUUGGACCUUUACGCCUUCUCGUUGAACAAUCAAAGAAGGAUGAACGCGAAAUUCCGGCAUUAUUAUACUCUGUAAAUGCCGUUUGGCUGAUGGCGACCCCCAAACUUUCAAAUCAAAUCCCUGGUACAUCAUCUACAUCACCUUUAAUUCAAGUACAUACAGAUUCUUCGCCCUCAUCACUUAUUUCAUCAAUAAAUUCUUCAUCCACUACAAAUACAUCCACUACUCCACCUGGUGAAGAUAUACCUUUAUCUGAAAAUUUAAGGCAUAAUAUUUAUAAUAGAAAUGAAGUUGGUGCUCACAAUGACACUGAUGUUAAUAAUUCAUCUAAUUCUCUCAAUGCUAAUGGGAAUAUUUCUGAUGAUACUGAUGAUGAUGAAGAUGAAAGAAAUGGGUUGAAAUUAGGAUUGGGUGACUUUGUAUUUUAUAGUGUUUUGGUAGCACAAGCCG